AAAAACAAAAUUGGAAAAAAAAAACAAGAUUCGUUCGUUCGAAAAAUUAAAAUCGAAUUUCGAAGUACCGUUGCGUAUUACUUUUUCUGUCGCGUGUGCCAGUGAUGUGUGCUUCGAAGAUUAUGCAGAUACAACAAGAAAGUUGUAAAUUAAGGCCCUAUUCCGUGGAACCGUUGUAAAUUUGGCUAAAGAACCUCGUUUGGAUUACUGGAAACUGUAUUCUGAACUUACACACCGCUUCUGUUGGCUUACCUGUACCUACCUACCUUAGUAUGCGUGUUAAUAACUUGUAUUUAAGCACAAUGAAGUGAAGUGCGACAACUAUGACUGCGACUAGUCGUAAACCAAAAGUGUAAAGUGAAAGUGUUAGUGUAAAGUAUGACUUGACUUUGGCACGUACUUUGGAACCAUGUACCGUCCGAAUUUCUACGAAAGCACAUGCUUUAGGUGCAAUGAGAUUGUGUAUCAAGUGGACAGAGUUGGACCGUUGAAGGACUUCACGUUUUUCCAUAGUGGGUGCUUCAAAUGUGCUGUCUGUGGCACCAAGCUGACUUUAAAGACAUACUACAACAACCAGCACUGGACGGAGGACAAAGAGGUAUACUGCUCGAGCCACGUGCCCAAGAUAGGGCCAGGCCACCUGGACAACUCGUCAGUGGGCAUCCGGUCAGCACUGAACGUACCGAAGAGCAACAACUACGUCAACGAGCAGAUCCGGGGCAUCGCCAGAAACAGUCAUGACACUGAAUUAUCGCCAACCCGCGCGACAAACGGCGGCAGCGUGCACGCAUCACCUGCGCGGGAGUUGUCGCGUGACACGCCGGACUACCAAUACGGCAGGUUCGACGCGAGCGCGCUCCACAUCGCGCAUGCGCUCAAACAGACCGAGCUGCAGAAGGCCUACCACAGACCCAAGGAGAAACCCAUUGAUUGCUACUUGGAUCGAGAUGAGCAAACAAAGCUUGAGAUGAAGCACCGACAGGAAGAAGACGACUUGUACAGAAAAUUCUCGAAACAUCGAGAAGAAGAGAACAGAAGAAUACGAGAAGAAAUACAGGACGAAUGGGAAAGAGAGUUGGAAAGGCUGACGAACAGGUUUCAGCAAGAGAUGCAGGUGAAGAAGAGACGGCCGGACGCGGAGAUCGGGGCCCUCACACUGCGACACCAGCAGGAGAGGGCCGACCUGGAGAAGAACAUGACCCUCCGACGAGACAAGAAGAAGGAGAGCCUUACCAGGAAGAUGUUGGAACAUGAGAGGGCAGCAACAGCAGCACUAGUCGAGAAACAAAGCCACGAGAUGAUGGAGCUGAUCCAGGAGCGGAGAUCAGAGUACAUGGCCGGUUCAUCGCUCUACGUGGACGGGGAGGAAGCGCCGCCAUACCCUGCGCGUGCGCCGCCGCCGCAGCCGCCUCUUGUAUCCAAGUUCCACAUAUACACCGACCCCAUGGAGUUUGCUGAUGUGGAUAAGAUUGCUAUUUCGGUGGCGCAAGAAGACCAGAAAACAUUCACGGACCUAGUCCGGCAGCUAGUCGGCAGAUGCGCAACGGACGUGGAGAAGGCGCGAACGAUAUUCCGCUGGAUCACAGUGAAGAAUCUCAACAACAUACAGUUCGACGACAACCUCAGAGGAGACUCGCCGCUUGGCCUACUGAGAGGCAUCAAGCACGGGACUGAAAGUUACCAUGUUCUGUUUAAGAGAUUGUGCAGCUACGCAGGCCUCCACUGCGUGGUGAUCAAGGGCUACAGCAAGUCCGCCGGCUACCAACCCGGCGUCCGCUUCGAAGACAACAGAUUCCGCAACUCGUGGAACGCGGUGUACGUUGCAGGCGCGUGGCGCUUCGUACAAUGCAACUGGGGUGCGAGGCACCUGGUCAACGCCAAGGACGCUCCGAAGCCCGGCAACAGAGGGAAGAGCGACAGUUUGAGAUACGAAUACGACGACCACUACUUCCUGACGGACCCGCGCGAGUUCAUAUACGAGUUCUUCCCGCUCCAACCAGACUGGCAACUGUUGAAGACUCCCAUCACUCUCCACGACUUCGAAGAGCUUCCCUUCGUCCGCUCGCUGUUCUUUAGAUACGGCCUCUACUUCAGCGACCCCAACACCAAAGCCGUCAUGUAUACUGACUCCACAGGUCGGUGUUUGACUGGUGCGGCGACUAUGCGCAUAGCCAUGCCGGCACACAUGCAGAGCUCGCUCAUCUUCCACUACAACCUCAAAUUCUACGACACGGAGGGCGACGGCUUCGACGGAGUCAGUCUCAAGAGAUUCGUCAUGCAGUCAGUAGUUGGCAACGUGGUCUCAUUCCGCGUGCACGCGCCCUGCAGCGGGGCGUUCCUGCUGGACAUCUUCGCAAACGCUGUGACACCUCGCGAGUAUCUCACAGGGGAGCCCAUGAAGUUCAAGAGCGUGUGCAAGUUCAAGAUCUGCUGCGCUGAGCUGCAGACCGUGAUGGUCCCGUUACCAGACUGUGCUAGUGGCGAGUGGGGCCCUACCAAGGCGACGAGGCUGUUUGGACUGGUCCCUAUUACGCACCAGGAGGCGCUAGUAUUCGCAGGCCGCGAGCUGGAGAUUCAGUUCCGCAUGUCGCGCCCUCUGGCGGACUUCAUGGCAACACUGCACAAAAAUGGCGUCGACGAGAAACGGCUCUCCAAAUACGUGCAACAAAACGUUUCCGACGAUAUAGUAUCUUUCUAUAUCACUUUCCCCGAAGAAGGUCAAUACGGCCUAGACAUAUACACACGGGAGCGCGGCGGACCCACAGCCAUCCACCAGAACGGCUCCACUGAGAAAGAGAAGCACCUCCUCACACAUUGUUGCAAAUACCUCAUCAACAGCAGCAAGAGGAAUUAACUAACAUUUAAUUCGUGAAACCGAAAGUCCUUUUGAAACCCAAACUCCAUAACUAAAAACGAUUGCGUCUGGAAAUCUCGCCCUUACGAGGUUAAGGCAAAAUAUACCCGAAUUUUAGAUGAAAAUAACCCCCUCUCCAGUAGAUUGAGGGGAGGUCUGUGUCCAGCAGUGGGACGUAUAUAGGCUAUUUAUGUUAUGUUUAGAUGAAAUUGGUAGAAUAUUUUUGCAUUGGUCAGAUAACUUAAAGUAUAUGUGAUUGGCUCAAUAUAAGUGCUACCAGACUAAGCAGCCUAAUAUAUACGUAAUUUCUACUCUAUGCCAAACUGUACUUAAGGUGGUGUGUAAAUCUGUCUUCCAUUUUUAAAGCGUAGUAUGAUACAAUGAAUUAACGUGAGCAAAGUCUACAUUUUUUAUGAUGGCAAUGAAUUAUUAUUAUGAAAGAAGUAAUUCCGAUUAAAUGGCAACCCUAUUUGUGAAUUUAUAAAAGAAAUGACUCUUUUUUUAUAUAAUAUAUAACAAGUAAAAACCUAAUAAAAAUAUUGAAGAGUGAUACUAAAACGAAUUGGUUGUAUUUUAAUACAUUUUAAGCCUCGAUUCUUAGGGAGUAUAAAUACGAGUAUAUUUUAUAAAGAUAGUUAUACCCAAAUGUAGAUAAUUAAUAAUAAAUAAUUAUAAAACUCUAUUUUAUGAUAGAAAUAAAAUCCGUCCGUUAUAAAUUGUCGUUUAUUGAGAAAUUAUAAAUUUGUAUACAAUUCUAUGUCAAAUUGUAAAGAAAUCGGACAGUUUUAUGUAACUUUAAGUUAGAAAGGUUGUGCUAAAGCAAUCUGAUUGCUUAUAGAUAUUAAAACAUACUUGUGGGUUAUAUAUUUGUAUAAACUAAGAAUAACUUUAGAUCGUGACAGUUGGCUCUGUAUUCACAGUAAUAAUACUUUACUAACUUUUCGACUGUCACGUCCAGUGUUCAUAGAAAACAUAUUUUAAAUCUUAGGUGUACAGGGUCUAAUUUUGUUAGUUGCCGAUAUUUUGCAUUAUUGAAAACCUAGGGGGUUAAAAGGCCACAUCGAAACAAUUCAUCUAAAAAGCAAAUUUCACAUAUAAAAUAAGUGCGCGAUAUCAACAAAUGACAAAUAGCAAGAUUGCUUUUUUAGAUGAAUUGCUUCAAUGUGGCAUGUUUAGCCCCUGUAGUCUGAAAUAUAAAUUUCAAGAAAAGAACAGUGUCUCAAUAAGAAGGAUAUUUUUGGAAAAGAAGUCGAACCCGCGAAACAAGGUGAACCCACAGCUAGACCGCAAAGGGGCCGCACGCACCGAAGUCGUUACAUUAACGGCAAAAAGCGGGUCGUGAGGCGCGGAUAGGUGCGCGACGUUGCAUACGGUUUCAUGACUACAGUGCGUGCGGCCCUGCUGCGUCUAGGUACGGUCACGAGUACUAAUAUGUAUACACUUUGAUACCAUGUCACAUUAACUUUUUUGCCAAUUAAACCGUAAGGUCAUUAAAUGUCAGGUGUGCGACAGGGUUCUAAAGUGGGUACAUGAAAUAUCAUGAGCAAUAGCUCAUGACUAUACACGUCCACCUUAAAGGGUCAUUCUGCAAAAUUUCGGUGAAUAAGUACUGAAAUAUGACCCCAUACUUACGCUUACUCAUCAACACAAACCAUUUAAAAUAUAUUGCUCUAUUUUAUUCCAAGUCUUGUUACACACGCACAAUGAAAUACAGCAAUUUAUACAUAAUUAACUUUAAAAUUAGAACUAAGAGAUACAUAUAUUUUUUUUAAUUUAUACUUGUAGUUUUUUAUUUAAUAAACACGGCAAUAUGUAAAUUUUUAUAAAAUAUAUGGCAUGUUACUUUUCUAAAUGUUUAUGUUUUAUUUUAAGUCAGAUCUUUAAUUAUAGUCGUAAGCACCUGCAGAGGACGGCACAGUUCUCUUAAAUCUAUAUUUCUUCAUAAUAUACAGAAAAAUCGUAAAAACACAACACUCAAAGAUCACUUGUAAAAAAUCACAAAAGUCAUAAGAUAUAAUAAGCACAAUAAUUAUUAAGUAGACGUAGAGUAUGCUCUAAGUUUCUAGUAUGGUACAAACAUAAUCGAUUAAUAGUUCAAUCGAUAUUUUAAUGCAAAGCAGUCUUCCAUAGACAGCUACUAAGAAAAUUUUGUAUGAAAAACGGAUUCCUUAUACUAAAAUAUGCUAAGUAGACUCGCUCCCUAUUACAUAGGACUUUUAAUGGCGAGAAGUAUGUGUAUCCAGGGUGUUAGUGACAUCGUAACGAAAACUUUGAAAUGAUAUUAAAUGGAAUUUUCCGUCGCAAAAGUAUGGAACGGAAUAUAAUUU